UAAAAAUUUCUCACUCUAUUUUCUUUCUCUCUCUCUCUCUCUCUCUCUCUCUCUCCCUUCCUUACCGUUGCCAACGGCCACUCUGCCCUUUUCCCCCCUUCUCUUCCUCACCGUCCCCAUGACCUCCAUUAACCCAAUCUAAAACCCUUCACACUCUCACCCACAGUUUUACCUUCACUCUUCCAAGUUCCCCUCUUUCUUCUUCCUGCUGGCCGAAUUCAGUUUCAUCAUCCUCCUCCACGUCACCCUCCAAUGGCGGCUCUGGCGCCGGGAAUCCUGUCCAAGCUUCUUGAAGGAAUGAACACCGGGACGAAACCCACUAGCGAGCACCGGAGCUCGCUCCUCCAGGUCACCGACAUCGUCCCCGCCGACCUGGACGAGAAAUCCCUCUUCCCCAAACAUGGGUUCUACAUCAAAGUCUCCGACUCCUCGCACUCCAUCUACGUCUCCCUGCCUCCCGAGCAGCACGAUUUCGUCCUCAGCAACAAGAUGCAGCUGGGUCAGUUCAUCUACGUCGACAGGCUGGAGCCGGGGUCGCCGGUCCCGGUCGUGAAAGGCGCCAAGCCGCUCCCCGGACGGCACCCGUUGAUGGGGACGCCGGAGCCGUUGAUGGGUCUGAGAGGGAAAGGGGAGAGGAAAGAAAGCGGCAACCAGGUCAAUUUCCAGGUCAGGGCUUCAGGUAAUCGGAGAGGUUCUUGGGGAAUUGGAGGAGGAGGAGACGAUCAUCGGAAUCAAUUUGGUUCCCCGAUGGCGUUGAAACCGGUUCCGUUGGAUUUCGAUCAGUGUGCAACGCCGGCGAAACAGAGGAUGAGCUCUGCGAAGAAGCCGUUGAUGUCUCCGAUGAUAAUGAGAGGGAGAUCGGUGAUUAGCAAAGACGGGUGCGAGAGCAACAGCGGAUUUCGAUGCUCGCUAGGCGGCGGAUUGCUGUCGAAAAUGGCGGAUAAUCCCAAGUUGGCGGCGGCGGAGAGCCCCUUGCUGAGGAAGAGCUGCGCGGCGCCUUCUUCGGCUUCCAAGUUCCCCAGGAGUCGAAGCGUUUGCGGCGAUCGAGACUCCAGAAUCCCGAUUAGCAGCCCCUACAUCUCAUCUGUAGUUCGCCCCGUUGCCUGUUUUCAGGGGAAGAAAAGCUCGACGCCGCCACCGAGUAUGAGGAACGCCAAAGUAGUGGGUUCCCUGAAAUUGGGCUGCGGAGAAACACAAAACUUGUCCACCACAAAUGCUGCGGCGGAGCAGCAAUCUCAGUCCGUUAAUUCGGUCUACGGCAGCCCGGAAACCAGUCUUCCGAUGAGUCUGCCGGGAAAGCUAAGCACGCUCGGGAAGGAAGCAGUGCAGCAGAGGGAAACUGCUCAGAAGAUGGCUCUCCAGGCAUUGAGAGAGGCUUCUGCUACUGAAACAUUAGUCCGAUCUCUCAGAAUGUUGUCUGAUUUGACAAAAUCAGCAAGGCCAGAAGCCCCAUCUGCUUGUUUCGACAAGUUCAUAGAAUUCCACUCCCAAAUUGCGCAGGCAGUGAACGAUAUGCUCUCCAUUCAAGCAGCCACUACUCCUACUGUUACUGCUGUGGAAUCGACGCCGAAAGCUGAUCAAAAGGCUAACAACAACAACAAUAAACGAGUACUGAAGAAUCCAGAGGAAGAGUUUCCAAUCUUGAAUGAACUCAUUCACAACUCCAUGAACCACCAGUCAAAAAGAAGAACAGCCCUGUACAAGUCCAUUGCUGCCUUCCCUUCUGAGCAGAAGCAGAGUUCUGGUACCAGCUCAAGGAUCCUGAGAUCAUCGACGGCUGGCAAGGUGUUCUCCGAGAGAAAGAUGAUGCCAUCUAGUCCUCUUGGGAAGCUGCAACUUGAAGCAGUGAGCGAGAAUGAUGAGAACAGGAAACCAACAACCACCACAACUAUUUCUGCUGGUGUUGCUGCUGCUGCCAAUGGUUCUUCCAGCUUAAGUAGCACGAUCAAGCUGGGCAAGGAGAUCGAGUCUGAAGCCGGGACAUGGUUCAUGGAUUUCGUGGAGAAAGCAUUGGAAACUGGCAUGAAGAGAUCUUCAUCAUCAUCAUCAAGAGGGAAUAGCAGUAACAGUAAGAGCAUGAAUGCAGACGGGGAUGGUAAGAAGGUCCCUCAAUCCGUCAUAUUGAAGGUGAUUAAUUGGGUGGAGGUGGAACAGUCCGAUGGCAGCAAGAGGCCAGUUCAUCCCAAAGCUGCCCAGGUUGCGAGGAGGCUAAGGAUCAAGAUGAAGAACCCUUGAACCAAACAUUUGUGUGUAUUCGUUAUUAAGUGUGGAAAUCUCUGCAUUGUGCAUGCUGUAUGAUUUCAUCAUCAUUCAUUUGUGCGCUCACCUUUGGGAUUGUUCAUUUUACCAAUUUAGCCACAGGAUGCUUCGUUGAAUGGUAAUUGGCCGUCUUGUAUCAAUAAAACACAUGCAUAUAUGCUGGCUAUGGUCAAAAUUUGCAGUUGCUCUAGACACUUGUGUAGUCCAAAUAAGUGU